AUGGACACCAGAGAAAAUGAGAGGAUCAACGACAAAGGCACAGAGAAAGACGGUCAGAUGCUUCACACUGUACAGUCCAGCCGCCACCUGGUGGCCUUCCUGGCUGACUACAUUGCAGACGCUUGCCAGCUAACCACAUCACGUGUUACAGCUAUCUGGUUCCGCGACUGCACAGUCGAUGACGUGGCACGGAACUAUUGUAAGAGCUGUUCAGUGGUGUGUUUUGUGGACAACCGGAGAGAGGUGACCCUGUCCUGGUACAGAGGAGAGGAGAGACUGACCAAGGCUAGCUUCCCCGACCUCUCCUCCGCCAACCUGUCUCUCCCUCUGGAGAUAAAGCUACAGGACAAAGAUAUCUACAGCUGUGUGGCUGCCAACCCAGUCAGCAACCAGACAACCAAACUCAACGUCGAGGAGCACUGUCCUCAGUAUGUAGGUCUGAAGGCGGAAGUGAAGCCACCGAGAGGGAGAGAAGGGCAGACUGUCACGCUACACACUGGACUUGCCAAACUACAGAGUGACGCAAAGAUAUUUUGGAUAUUUGGACCAGUCAGUCGAGAGAUAUUCAUUGUUGAGAGUCAGGUCUUCAGAGGAGAAGUUAUAACUGAGUACAAAGGGAGAUUCCAAGGCCGACUGCAGCUGGACAGACAAACUGGAUCUCUCACCAUCAGAAAUCUCACCCUCGACGACUCUGGAGUUUAUCAGCUUCAAGUCGUCAGUGAACAGGUCACCUACCACAAUUUCAGUGUCACAGUCUACGCUUCAGUGCCUACUCCUAACAUCAGAAACACCCCACAUAAUCCCUCAGUAGACAGUCGGUUGGUCAGUGGGAGCUGUUCCGUGGUGUGUUCUGUGGCGAACGGGAAAGAGGUAACCUUGUCCUGGUACAGAGGAGAGGAGAAACUGAACAAUACAAGUAGUCCCCAUCAGGCCGACCUGUCGCUCCCUCUGGAAAUUAAAGGAAAAAACAGUGACACCUACAGCUGUGUAGCAACCAACCCUGUCAGUAACCAGACAACAAAACUCCGCAUCGAGGAGCACUGUAGGCAACAUGCAGACUCCAGUGACUGUGCCCGGUGCAUCACCCUGACAGAGUUGGCGGUGCGAUCAGUCCUGUCUGCCCUGGUGGCUGUGGCCACGAUGGCUCUGCUGGUUCAUCACUUCUGGCACAGACGAAACCCUUGGACUCAGACCUGACUCUCUGGGGUAUCACUAUUUCAAAAACUGUCCAUGGUUUUGCGUGGACUUGAACAGUGUCGUGGUAUUGUCAUUUACAUGACGUGACAAAUGUCAGGACAUAAUGAGAAGAAAAAACGAACACCCUUCCCUUUCAUGAAGUAACACUUGUACUUGUCUUUUCUUACUAGUACUGACUUUGCUGAUAGCCUCAUGAGGAAAAUGUUUUGAUUACUAUGACAUGUUACGUCUCUCUUAGCUACCUUAAAGAUAAACGCACAAACUGUAAGUCGCUCUUGAUAAGAGCGUCUGCGAAAUUACUCAAAUGUAUAUGGAAAAGUAACUAUGUAUUGGAAACAGUUUUAUAACUUAACAAGUUGUUUCCACUUGCCCACUAAUGUCAAUUGUUAUAGCAAAAGCAUAAGGAUACCUGUCCAGACUACAUAACUUUGUCAUAACCAUGAAAAGUGUCAUAGUGUUUGUUGGUGGGCUUUUUUGUUUUGUUUUAGGAAGGGUGGACAUUGCUCUCCGUGUCAUAAUGCUAUCACAGUGUCAUUGGUGCUUUCACUCAUGGAGAUCACGUGUCAGACACAUAACAGCACUUUAACAGGGGCCUGUUAAGACUUAGAAUAACUAUAUUUUUUUCAGCAGGAAUCAAUCUUGUCAGGUACUAACAAGGACAUUGAAUCAACAGUUUGUUGUAUGUUCAAAUAUGCUAAAAAUAUUAUACUACAUAUCAAUUAUUAAAAUCACAACAUUCUCUCAGCAUUUGUAUUUUGGCACACUGUUAGGCUAGUUAGCUCCCUGAGCAGAGCUCCUGGAGCUGUGCAGCAAUAGUGCUUUUCUGUGGUGAUGACAACCAGAAUCUUUUUGUUGUGCAAUCUGGAGAUUGUUAUGAGUUUGAAAUAGUGUCUAGUGCCUACACUCUUAGCUGAAAAAAUAUAUAUCUAGAACCUAAAAGGGUUAUUUGACUGGUCUGAUAGGCAAACCCUUUGAAGAACCCUUUUUGUUUCCGUUCCAUCCAGGUAGAACCCUUUAGGGUUCCAUGUAGAACCCUUUCCACAGAGAGUUCUACAUGAAACCCAAAAGGGUUCUAACUGGAACCCAAAAGGCAUUUUUUUUUUAUCUGGCCCCUCAUCCCUAGCACCCAGUUGGGUUGAUUAAAGUUUCCCUGCUCCUCAGCACAGAUAAAACAAACAAUAAACACUUCUAUAGACGCCAAAUAGCCUACAGGUUUUGGUUUCAUUUGCAUUUCCUUAGAUGAGAUG